UCCUCUCCCCGCCCGCUCCCUCCUCCUCCUCCGUCUCCUUUCCCCGGUGUUAGUGUCGCUGGGCUCACCACCCGGAGGUGCCGGGCGCGGGGUGGCGGCUCUGCCGGGCGGACUGUCUCCCUCUGUGCUGUGGGAUUCGUCGGGCAGUGUCAGCAGACGCGCCAGAGGGAAAAGCUGCCGAAUAUAUGUGAAAGGGCCUAAAAAGGCACCAGGAGAAGGGACGCAGCUGCCAGACACCGCACAACCUUCUGAACUCUCCCCCUGUGCAGAUGUGAAGAGGCAGCGGACUAUGCUCUGACCAAGAAGAUUGUUCGGAGGACACGGACGCUGACCAUGGUUCUAAUGCUGGGCGACUGGUGAUCUUCGGAUGACGAGAAAGACUUUGGGAAUACAAUGUUUCUUUCAUGAGACUGCACUCUGUGGGCAGAAGCUGAAGAUGCGGCCAUGGACGGGAUCCUGGCGUUGGAUAAUGCUCAUUCUCUUUGCCUGGGGCACAUUACUCUUUUACAUUGGUGGACAUUUGGUGAGAGAUAAUGAUAAUCCGGACCAUUCCAGUAGAGAACUGUCUAAGAUAUUGGCCAAACUUGAACGGUUAAAGCAGCAGAAUGAAGACUUGAGGAGGAUGGCAGAAUCCCUCAGGAUACCUGAAGGUCCAGUGGAGCAGGGAGCAGCAGCCGGAAGGAUACGGGCAUUAGAAGAGCAACUCCUGAAGGCCAAAGAACAGAUAGAGAUGUAUAAGCAACAAUCUAGCAGCGCUGUGACUGGUAUGGGAAAAGAUCAUGAAAUCUUAAGAAGGGCAAUAGAUAAUGGAGCCAAGGAAUUCUGGUAUUUUGUCCAAAGUGAACUGAAGAAGUUGAAACAUUUGGAUCGAAAUGAACUCCAAAGACACGUAGAUGAAUUACUGAUCGACAUGGGCGAUCAGCAAAGGUCAGUUAUGACAGAUCUCUACUACCUCAGUCAGACGGAUGGUGCAGGCGAUUGGCGAGAAAGAGAGGCCAAAGAUUUGACCGAACUUGUACAGCGACGGAUUGCCUACGUUCAGAACCCAAAGGAUUGCAGCAAAGCUAAGAAACUAGUGUGUAACAUCAACAAAGGCUGUGGCUAUGGAUGCCAACUUCACCACGUGGUCUACUGCUUCAUGAUAGCCUUCGGCACGCAGAGAACGCUCAUACUUGAGUCGCAGAGUUGGAGAUAUGCUACAGGUGGAUGGGAGACGGUCUUUAAGCCAGUCAGUGAUACGUGUACGGAUAGGUCUGGCACCUCUACAGGACACUGGUCAGCCUACUGCACUGGAUCCACAAAUCCUGUCGUGGCAGCGUAUGCACAAAAGUGCGAAGCAAAUGACAAAGACGUCCAAGUUGUGGAGCUGCCAAUCGUUGACAGCCUUCACCCGAGACCUCCCUAUCUGCCGCUUGGAGUGCCUGAGGAUCUUGUGGACCGCUUAAUCCGUUUACAUGGAGACCCAGCCGUGUGGUGGGUCUCACAGUUUGUCAAGUAUUUGAUCAGGCCGCAACCUUGGCUGGAAAAAGAAAUUGAGGAGUCCACCAAAAAACUAGGAUUUAAGCAUCCUGUAAUUGGGGUCCAUGUGAGAAGAACAGAUAAAGUGGGGACGGAGGCGGCGUUCCACCCGAUUGAAGAAUACAUGGUGCACGUUGAAGAACAUUUUCAGCUCCUUGCCCGCAGAAUGCAGAUCGACAAGAGACGAGUUUACUUAGCAACAGAUGAUCCAGGAUUACUCCAGGAGGCAAAAUCCAAAUACCCUCACUAUGAGUUCAUCAGUGACAACUCAAUAUCCUGGUCAGCCGGUCUUCACAAUCGAUACACAGAAAAUUCCUUGAGGGGUGUUAUCCUAGAUAUCCAUUUCUUAUCUCAGUCGGACUUCCUUGUGUGCACCUUCUCCUCGCAGGUCUGCCGAGUUGCUUAUGAGAUCAUGCAGACCCUCCAUCCUGAUGCUUCAGCCAACUUUCACUCCCUGGAUGAUAUUUAUUACUUUGGAGGACAGAACGCUCACAACCAAAUUGCAAUAUAUCCCCACCAACCAAGAAAUGCAGAUGAAAUCCCUAUGGAACCUGGGGACAUUAUCGGCGUGGCCGGGAAUCACUGGGAUGGCUACUCAAAGGGCAUUAAUCGUAAAUUGGGCCGGACCGGUCUAUACCCUUCAUACAAAGUUAAGGAAAAAAUAGAAACUGUUAAAUAUCCAACAUAUCCAGAUGCUGACAAAUGAGACAAGACGACGGCCUGAUACUGGAAGCUACUAUGUGCCCAUUGAAACACCGGAGAGACUGAACUGCAAUCCUAAGUUAUAGCAAGACAUAAAGCUGUUCUACAUUUAACUCGACGAAAGGGAUUUUAAUGGAAGUUUUAAUUCCUUGAACGUCCACGCAGAACAUUUUUCAGUGCAAAACUCUCUCAUAAAUGUUUCAACCCGUCUACCGAUCUGGCUGGUCCGUAGAGCGCGGUGCUCUCCUUCUGCCAUUAAGUGACAGUCUCUCAGACGAUAACACUGCCAUAUUGUGCAAUUAGAGUGACAUGAAGACGUUUUAUACUUUACAGUUUUAAUCGAUGAUGCCUGUUACCAAUGGUUAACCCAUUAUCCGGCACAGCCUGAAGCACUGUGCCCAUUUCCAUGCUUAUGUAGCAUUGAGACAAUGGCUAUUACUCCAGUCCAAGAGCCCAAAGGGGAAGCUACAUUGUUCCACAUUAAGACAUUCGAUUUAGUCAGACCUUUCCAGAAAGGGUCACAUUGUUGUUCAGUACAUGAAUGGCCCAUCACACAGACAAAACCAUUCACUGUUUGUUACUGUAGGAAGAUUUUUUUUUUUGUAUAAAUUCUCCAUGAGAUGAUUCUUAAACACGUGUUUCUUGGCAUUGUCUUUGAUAACAAACAAUUAAAUAAUAUAAAAAUGGC